CACAGGGAAAUUAGGCCCUGGAGUACAGGGACUCCCCAGCACACUGGUGGCUCUAGAAUUCCUGACUCUGACCCAAUAUCAGCCAUUCUUAUCAAAGAUUCUCUGGCCUGAAAAAUGGGCCUUUCUUCCCUGCCUUCUCAAAAGCCAGGGUAUCUGCACUGGUACCAAAAGAUGGUUACAACCAAGAGGGGUGAGCAGGCAAGCCUGCAGGCAUAAACAGCACCAGGUUCUGCCUUCCUGAGGGGACUUGAUUGGCUUCGAUUGGCCCCAUUCAGCAAAUAUGGUGAGCAGCUGAGCUGCUUGCUGUUCCUGAGCAAGUGGUCCUGCUCCAAGUAUGGGGGCCAUGGGUUUGUUGGUGACCAGGGCACACAGUGCACCAGUCACUUAUGCUCCUUGAGCAAUUCCCCGACACAUUUGGUUCUACCGGUCCUCACUUCAGGGACAAAAGUAAGCGUAAAUGCCAUUCAAAACUGUGCAAGCACACGUAAAGCACAUGCUGGGAAGGGGGGAGAGGAAACGUGUCCUGCUUCCAAACACAGGGUUGCUGGCUUUAGGGCUUAAUUGCCAGCAGAUUCAUUUCAUUUUCUCCUGCUCGUUUGUCUGCAGCAGUGGCGACUACAGGGCCCUGGGGAUGGCGCGAGGGUGGCGAGCUUCCAUCCUGGGGGCAAUGAAUGUGACGGCGGUGAGGCCAUCUCCGGUUCCUAGGAACCCCUUACUGACGCGACCUCGUCAAUCUGUUAGAAAGCCUCAGUGGGCAGAGAAUUAGCUCAGUGGCUCCUGGCACACAGUAAGCACGCGAAGAUGAACACUAGCUACCGUUUGUGGAGUGUCACUCCCGGGUCUGACAGGGUCUCUGGGAUCCGCCCGCAACCUGCGGGGGUGGGGACUGUACUAGAGCAGCGCCCCAGAGGGGCGCGCCUCCUAGGUUUCGGGAGAUGCGGGAGGCGCACGCGCGCAUGCACUGGAGGGAGAGUCGGGAUUUGAACCCAGCAGCGAAGGUAGAGCCCGCGCCGUCGAUGACGCUUUGCGGCACCCUUGCUGAGCCUGCGUCUUUGCGCAGGCGCCGCGUCCGUCGUCCUGGAAAACCUCCCCGCAGCGGGCCUGAGCGUUGAGGUUCCGCUGCGCCCCGCGCAACCGGAAGUGCCCGGGCCCGUGGCCGACGGACCCGACGGAAAUCAUUCCGUGAGGCAGAGGCGACAGUGGCGGCGAGAGGAUGAACAACAAAUUUGACGCCUUGAAAGAUGAUGACAGUGGAGACCAUGAUCAGAAUGAAGAAAACAGCACACAGAAAGAUGGUGAGAAGGAAAAAACAGAACGAGACAAGAGUCAGAGCAGCAGCAAGAGGAAGGCUGUUGUCCCUGGACCAGCAGAGCAUCCCUUGCAGUACAACUACACUUUCUGGUACUCCAGAAGGACCCCAGGCCGCCCUACCAGCUCGCAGAGCUACGAACAGAAUAUCAAGCAGAUUGGCACCUUUGCCUCAGUGGAGCAGUUCUGGAGGUUUUAUAGCCACAUGGUUCGUCCCGGGGACCUGACAGGACACAGUGACUUCCAUCUCUUCAAAGAAGGAAUUAAACCCAUGUGGGAGGACGAUGCAAAUAAAAAUGGUGGCAAGUGGAUCAUUCGGCUGCGGAAGGGCUUGGCCUCCCGAUGCUGGGAGAACCUCAUCCUGGCCCUGCUGGGGGAGCAGUUCAUGGUUGGGGAGGAGAUCUGUGGGGCUGUGGUCUCUGUCCGCUUCCAGGAGGACAUUAUUUCCAUAUGGAAUAAAACUGCCAGUGACCAAGCGACCACAGCCCGAAUCCGGGACACACUUCGGCGCGUGCUUAACCUACCUCCCAACACCAUUAUGGAAUACAAAACUCACACCGACAGCAUCAAGGCCUGGGAGGAGUUUCAUGGCCUAGUGAACAGCAGCGGCCGCUGAUCGGCGCUCCCCCUCUGUCUCACACUCAGGGGACAAUUCAAGUUUUCGAAAUACAAAAAUCACAUUGUGAAAGUACAUGAGCUGGCAAUAACCCUUUUCUGUAUGUGUGUUUGUCUGGAUGGACGGGAGGCCUCCCGCCAGCCAUCGGCUGCUCCUGGCAGGGCACGCCUGAGCCGCGUGCACCGUUCCUGGAGGACCGCUGCCGCCAAAUUCCCCGCCACCAAAGGCCUCACGCAGCCGCAGAAGAAAGAAGCCGUGGCUGUAACAGACUGCUGCCCACCUGUGAACCCGAGCCAUCUGCAGGCUGCGGUAUCAGUGUUACGGUGCGUGCGGAGGCGGGGGCCCAGCGCCGCCCUCAGCCCUGCCCCAGCUCUCCCUUCCUUGUCGAGCCACCAGUCCGGAUGUGCAUUACGGCUGCGGCAGCGACUGCCCAGGUUGUGGUGCACGCACCUGCCUAAGCCCCGGCUUCCCUCCUGUGGGACCCCGCCUUUCAGGCACUGCUGCACUUAGACCUGGGCUGGAGUAGGCUGGGUCCCUUGACCUCUGACGCAGCACGGGGGACAAGGCUGCAGCGCAGGCCCGGGCAGGAUGGGAGCCACGCUGUGGUGAGGAAAGAGGGACGGCAGGGCUGAAGAAAGGGCACGCUGGACGGCUUGACUUGUGUGGCUGUGCCUGCCUAUGGUGGCGGGGACCCCACCUCCAGGCUCCAUCGUUCGUGCUGAUUGUAGCCCAGGACCCUGGGCAGGCUCCCGCCAGCAGGCUUUCAACAACCAGACCCUCGGAGGGGCUGGGGCCUUGGCUGUGGAAAUGUGGAGCCAGAGGUCAGGAGAGCACCUGGGUCCCAGGAAGUGAUGGACAGCAGCCUCCAGGCAGCACUGGGGAGCGGGACCCUGGGACCUGCCACUGCGUCUGUCCUGGGAUAUCUGCCACCUGUGGGUGUCUGCCUCGGCCCCAGGCCUGACAGGGACAGAGAGCAGCAGGCACCCCUUGCUGCGUGCAACUCACUUUCUGCCAGCUUCCCAGCGCCUGAGUCGUUUGGGGUGCUUUCCCGAAAGAAUCUGAGUGCAGAGGCUUGAGGUGAGCUUGGGCUGGAGAAGCCGGCGUGGCAGCCCUGAAUGUCUGGAGAGGAGGAGGAGGAACCGGAGCCACAGGGACUGGGGAUCUGCAUGGACCCGGGAGGCCCCUUUGCCCCAACCUCCCAUGGCUGGAAAAUUCCAAAGAGAUCGGACAUUUGGAUUUGCCUUCCUUUGGGUAUCCACCUGAAUGGAUGGAUGGAUGGAUGGAUGGAUGUGUGUGUGUGUGCGCGCGCGCGCGCACGCGCGCGCGAUUGCAGUGAAUAUAUGAGUGAGGCCUUUGUAGGGCCUAGUGGUUAGGUAUAGUGGCCAUGGUUUUGCCUUUUUUUUUUUUUUUUUUUUUUUCCUGUCUCAUUUGUUCCAUUAGUCUCUGAUGUUUCCUAGAGCUGCUCCCCACGCCCCUGCCUCCUGAUCGGCGUCAGAAGCGGAGGCAGACACGGUCGCUGUCCCCAGCUCUAGAGACGGAUUCCUGGAGUGGGUGUUGGGAGCUGCUGACCCCAGCCCCGCGGGGUUUUCCCUGACUGUCCCCCAGUCUUCCCCAGGACCCUGAGAGUGGCAGUCAUUUCCCGCCCAGACAGUGCUUGUGGUCCGUGGUGCUCUGAGAAUGGAUUUCCAGGAAUUGGACAGUGGGUUGGACGGGGCUCUGGCAAGCGCGACUCGGGGCUGCUACUUUGCGCACGAUCCUCCCUGGUAAUAAACAGAACUGUGAGCACA